CUCUGUUUCACGCUAACCCUCCCCUCGCCCCCACCCCCGCAACCCCUUCUCUCUCUCUCUCUGGAACACAAAAUCGAGAAAAGGACCAAAAGGCGAAAACUCUCUUCGGCUCUCGGGGGAGGAAAGAAAAAACAAAGGGGAAUUUAUCACUCUAAUGUCUCUGCGGAAAUCUAUUCUCUCUCGAAGGUUCUCCAAGUCGUUCAAGUCUGUUAACAAUCAUAAAAACGACGGUGCUGGAGGAGUGGUGGUGCCCACCGGUCUCGGUGGCGAUGUAUCCGGGGAGUUGUGGGCCGAGUCGGACCCUGUCGAUGGCUGGGCGAGCAUGUUGCCUGAAUUGCUUGGGGAGAUAAUAAAACGAGUGGAGGAGAGCGAUGAUCGGUGGCCUCAGCGACAAGACGUCGUUGCUUGUGCUUGUGUCUGUAAAAAAUGGAGAGAGAUUACGAAGGAGAUCGUUCGGUCUCCACGCAACAUAGGCAGAAUCACUUUUCCUUCUUGCCUUAAACAGCCAGGUCCGCGUGACUUACCUCAUCAAUGUCUUAUAAAACGGAAUAAGAAGACUUCAACGUUUUAUCUCUCUCUUGCUCUUACUCCAUCAUUAAUGGACAAGGGAAAGUUUCUUCUAGCAGCACGGAGGUUUAGACAUGGUGCUCACAUAGAAUAUAUCAUCUCACUUGAUGCAGAAGAUCUAUCCCAAGGAAGUAAUUCAUAUGUUGGAAAAUUAAGUUCGGACUUUCUUGGCACCAACUUUACAAUCUACGACAGCCAGCCACCACACAGUGGUGCAAAGCCCUCAAGUAGCAGAGCUAGCCGCAGAUUUGCGAGCAAACAAAUAAGCCCCCAAGUUCCAGCAGGCAAUUUUGAGGUUGGACAGGUCUCUUACAAAUUUAACCUCUUAAAAUCAAGAGGUCCCAGAAGGAUGGUGUGCUCACUGAAGUGUCCACUAUCACGAGAAACUAUUAAUGAAAAACAUCUUGAAGACUCCGUGAUGAAGGGACCAGAGUCUUCAGUUUCUGGCUAUACAGUUUUGCGCAACAAGGCCCCGAGGUGGCAUGAACAUCUGCAAUGCUGGUGCUUGAAUUUCCAUGGUCGGGUAACUGUAGCAUCAGUUAAGAAUUUCCAAUUGGUUGCAACUGUGGACCAAAGUCAGCCAGGAGGAAAAGGAGAUGAGGAUACUGUCCUCCUGCAGUUUGGGAAGGUAGGAGAUGAUACUUUCACCAUGGACUAUAGGCAGCCAUUGUCAGCUUUUCAGGCAUUUGCAAUAUGCCUUACGAGCUUUGGCACAAAACUGGCAUGUGAGUAGCUUAUAUGCUGUUAUUAUAAUUAUUGAAGUUGUGAGUUAUGUUGGAUGCUUUAAUAUGAGUAGUUCGUUUCACAUCGCCUUUACGAUGUUGGUUUGGUUGGAGGAAACCAAUAAUGUAAAUGUUGUUUAUUGUAUUAAUGACAGGACUCGAAAUUAUUGGUUCCCAACAAUUUUACGUUUACCAAGGAUGGUUUUUGUUUUCUACAUUCAAGUCUCUGAAAAAAAUCACUGUCAACAUUCUUCAUAUGAAGGAUUUGGGUUGUAGAUGCAAGUUGGAUUCUAUGGAAAUAGUAUCCUUUACUAAACUCCUCCGAUUGUGAUUCUGCAUUAACUUAUUAGCAGUCUUGAUAUUUUUUUUUUUAUUGCUGAAGAUAAAAAAUACCAGUUCUUGUACGUAGUUUUAAAUGCCCGUAACCAAAGCCUUGACCACUCCAUGUCCAUGGAUGACUAUUGCAACAUUUGGAAGAUAUCACUCAGAAAUUUUGUGGAGUAGCUGCUAUCUGUUAAUCCCACGAACUGACUUCCGAUCAUAGCAUGUUGCUAAUGAUGAGAGGGGGCUGUAUUAUUUAGUUGAUGGUUAUUAGGUUGAUUCUGUUUUCAUCCUUGAACUUCAAAUCGUUGCUUUUGGUUCCUUUUGUAAUUCCUUAUCUUUUAACUGUUCUUUGUAAUUCCUUUUUAUUUAUUGAAUUUGGAGUAAAUCUUUGAUUA